AUGACGGUCAUGGAUGCAUCGCAGUGUAAGGAAUGGCUGAUAGAGUUCAAGGUGCGGAAAGGCGCAGAGGUGGACAAAGAUGCGGUGGCGAACUUCGAGAGGAGAUUUGAAGCUAUGUUCGCGGCGCUUGUUGACGAGCAGAUAGACGAGCCAACACGUCUGCUGCUAACGGACGCGAUGGGAGUAUGGAUGAUUCGUUGCCGGCAGGCAGUGCGGGCUGGCUGGAUGCAGGACCCCGCGGAGAGGUUGCUGACGUUGGAGCGCGCCACAACGCUGUUCCGGUAUGUGAUCGACUUCUGGUCGGGCGGGGGAGCGCCUCUGGCAAACUCUCUGCGACAGAUGUUUGAGAAGAUGAUGCAGCUGCUGGCUGAAGUGCACGGCGAUGCGGCGGAGGGCGUGUUUUCGGAAUGGCUGCGAGAAGCGCUGACGCUGAGUCCGUCAAUGAGGUUCGUGUACUUCAUGGUGGACGUGCUAUCGGAGCGGAUUGACCUGGGAAUUGUUCUAGAGGUCCGGCCGGAGUUCAUUGCGACGGCUCUGGGAUACAUGUGGUCGGACUCUCUUGCGACGGCGGUUGGCAAGAGUGUGACGAGUUUGCUGGCCAAUAUAUAUGUGCGACACUAUACAGAGGAUAAACUGGAGAUGUGGCUGCAGUUGUGGGAGCAGCAGGUGGUUCAGCAUCUUCUUGAGGGCACCUGCGCGAAACGAGUGCAACUAUACGUGCUGGAGCCGCUCUUUCGGACCGUUCCGCCGAAGGUCUUCGAUCUGUUUAUCUUGCGGAACAUGCAGGGGCACCCUGCUCUCCUUCUACCGCUUCUCAAAAUUGGCCAGGAGCUCGGGAUAGAGGAGGAGCCGUUCCACGAAGACAAGCUGAUCAUGCUGUCGACGUUGGAAAGCCUUCUGCGAAUCGACAAGUACAAGCUCGGUGCAUUUGAAGUGCUAACUUACUCGCAUAAGGGCUCGCGUCCAGUGCGUGGAUAUGUGCUUGACAUUUUGCGUAACAACCUGCAGAUAUUCUUUGUCGACUUUGAUAUCGAGACCCGCAACUACUUCCACAGUGCAUUCAAGCGGUUUAUUGCACGGAUCCGCGAUGCCGCCUAUUCCCUUAACCGCGAUGCCGCGAAGCUCAAGUUGAAGAAUAAGUUCGAACACGAGCAAUUGGAGAAAUUGGCUGAGGUCGAGAAUUACCGCAGUUUUCUUGAGCAACUGCUGAGCUAUCUUUUGUUGCAGAUUGCCCCGGGCUCUCAAUACCAACGUUCGUCUCUCGCUUAUAAGCUAAUCAACACUCUGAUUAGUUCUGGCCUCGAUUCGUCGGUUUCUGAAAAGUUCCUAGAUAUCAAGCGCAGAACCAAUUAUCCAUUCAAUAUCUCAAUUUUUGAGCCUUGCAUGAUUAGGUUGUUGUGUGAUAACUUGAGCAACGACUAUGACGAUAUCAGACAAUGGUCUCUAGACUUGCUCGCUAUCGCAUUUGAAUCAACCAAAGUAGAUGAUCACCGGCAGUUGGUGGACUCUGGGCAGCUUAAAACCAAUGCAUUCCAUCUACUGAAUUUCUACAAAGGCAGCAACGGGGGGUCGAAGGUUAUGGAAUUCCUGUUUUUAAUAUCUGAUGAUAAAACAGCCUUCAUCAAAGAGCUUAUAGAAGUGCUUGACCGCAACUUGUCUUUUAUCGAAGUUGACCCGAAACAUGGUUUGGAAAACCCUGUCAGUGGUCUAUUCGCUUCUCUAGACCUGUUGUUCGCUAGGUACGAUUUCUCGAUGUCAUCAGAACCAUUAGUUUCCAAGUGCAUUGCAUUGAUUAUCCGAAACUGGAAUGGCGUGAAAGAUGUUUUGUGCCAUGACUCACCGGAAGGUAACCUUCCACUAAAGUAUGCCAAUGCAGGCAUAUCUGACCAAACGAUCACCAGCUAUGCGUUUAGAUCUAUCAAGGAAUCGGGCGCGCUCCUUAGUACAUUAUUACUAAAAGCACCAAUGACGAAAGAAGAGCUAGUAGAGUGUGGUGAGAUUUUGAUCUGCCAACUGUCUACCAUUCGUCACAGCGGGACCUUCCAGUCCGUUAUUCCAUCUUUCACAGCCUGCUGUAGAAGGUGUAUGGAAGAUGUCCCAGAACAGAUGGAGGAAUGGUUAAAUGAGAGUAUCAAAUCCCUCCAGACCAAAACUCAAUAUAUCACGAGAAGGUCUGGUGGACUGCCAUUCCUGGUUAGUUGCAUUUUAUCUGCCGAGAAUGAUAGGACAAGACCUUGGUUGAAGAGGGCUUAUGCUGCUCUGAGCGAUAUAGCAAGAAUCCCUAUAUUAGAGCAUGAGGAUAAGCUCGACCUACCUCAAGUCAAUGCAUUUAACUGCAUUAGAUCGCUCUUCAUCAAUUCCAUGCUUUCCGAAGCCUGUGCGCCUUAUGUAUACCCUGCACUAGAGCUUUGCUUGGAGAAUUUUACCUCACCAUUAUGGUCAAUGAGAAACUGCUCCUUUAUGUUGUUCACAGCGUUGCAAAACCGUCUGUUCGGUAAGAUCGGUAAAAAUACAAGCGCUCGGCUUUUCUUCACCAGAUAUAAAGGUAUCCGGGAGAUUCUACUGAAGAAGCUACAAGAUUCCGUCGACAUUACUUCCCGGCCAACCACCUCUAGAUCGUUUACAUCAUCGAACACUUCAUUAGUCGCUCUCUCAGAACAGGCCGAAAUCGAAUCCAUAUUUUUGGUUCUCGCUACCUUAUCAAGGCUCAAGCCAACGCCUGGAUACAAUGGCCUCGACGACUUCCAAUUGGAGAUCCUAAAGUCCCUUGAAAACAGAAACUGGAAAAUCAGAGAAAUGGCAGCGCGCGCCCUGCCUGCCCUUAUGAACGACCCAUACGCCAUGUGCUUUAAACUACUAAAUGAUAGAAAAUGCAAUACCAAACACCAAAAUAGGUUACAUGGACAUCUGCUGGCGGUAAAAGAGCUGAUCACUUCAGAAAGGAACCGUAUAGAAGGCCGUCCGCUUGACGAGAAUCUUACCCGUCUCAUUCUGCAGAGAACUAACCUCUAUGUUGGUUGCAACAAUCCAUGCAACGUUACGGCCAAAGCUUACGUUGAACUAAUUGAAUUGGUUUUUAAACACUCCUCAGAGAGCACCUGUGAGCUUAAAGAAAAAGUUACUCGCUUCCUGAGCGAGGUAUUCGUCGCCGAAAACGCCGAAUAUAAACUUGAUGGCAGUCUGCAGUUACUGCUAGCAAAACUGAUUGACCUGCUUUUAAAGCAUGAUGAUCCGAAAUGCAUUCCGGAUAUUCUACUGAAUGGGCUAUAUUCCCCGUUUUUUGAAGUACAGCUAGCCACGCUACAAUACAUUGAUGAGCAGCAGUCAGAUGUAUCAUAUUCGCCUGAACUCCGUACAAAACUUGCAGAGAUGUUGGUCUCUGACACAGUUGUUCCGAUGGUGAAGUCCAAGGUCCUAAACGUCCUUAAAGUCUCUGGGAAUGUCGUUGAUUCGUCCAUCCUGUUCUCUUUAUUGGAAGAUAGGGCUAGUGACAGCAUGAAGGCCAAUGCCUUGUCUCUUUUGGGUAGCAACUGUGGCGAGGAUGAUGAUGAUAGACUAUGGAAUUAUAUCGAGGAAUACUCCCGUGACGAUAUGCCACAGCACUACAGAGCUGCAUCUCUACGCUGUCUGAUCAACUGUUCAUCGAUCGCCGGUUCAGAGGGCCCAAGGGCACGGAAGUUUUUGUACGGCAUCUACAAGGCACUGUGGGACGACGACGUUGAAAUCAGAAAUGCAGCAUCCUUGUACCUGAACAAAAACUACCUUGCCAGCCCACCAUUGCUGUGGUCUACAAACCCAUCCGUUACUGCUGAUCUUUUCAUUGAAAAGCUCGCAGGGGAAGCCGGCCCAGAGGAAGUACUAUCCCUCUUGGGUGAUUUCUUCAAAUCAAAAGCUCUGCGGUUCGAUUUCCGAACCAGUGCCGCCACUUCCAUCUGCCAGGAUCUGUUCGCUGUUGAGGAAGAUAAUCAAUACCGGAAUCCUCUGAGCUUUGCUUCGGCCUCCAUUCGCCUAUUACGAAAUUCGCGUGCUGCUCCUAACGAUGUUGUACCGUUUAUACAACCGCUUGUUGAUCGCUUUUUAGCAGAAGCCCGUUUUUGCACCGACAGAGAUGACAACCUUUGCUACUUCUCCGAUCCAGUAUUGUUCAGUGCUGUAGUCAUCUUGCGAUCGUUGGUAAACACAUAUACCCCAUCGCAGUUGGAGAAGAUCGAUACCACGUUGCUUUCGCUCUCAUUUCACCCAUUAAUUUCGCGCCUUUUAUUGUAA